AUGGGUUUAACGGCAACUACACUACUAUUUGUCUCCAUUUUUAUUUCUUGGUGGAUUGUUGGAGGAUCUGUAGCACUCCCCCCAAAUGUGACAGUUCCUGCACUACUGGUGCUCGGAGACUCUAUUGUUGACACCGGCAAUAAUAACAAUCUAAAACUGACAUUGGUAAAGUGCAAUUUUUCUCCAUAUGGCCAAGAUCUUAAUGGUGGAGUUGCAACAGGAAGGUUUACUAAUUCAAAAACACCCGGGGACCUUCUAGUCACAGAGUUCGGAAUUAAGGAACUAUUGCCGGCAUACUUGGAUCCUAAUCUACAGAGUAAAGAUCUUCUGACGGGAGUUAGUUUUGCUUCAGGAGGAACCGGUUAUGAUCCACAGACAUCUACGUUAAUGGAUGUUAUAUCAAUGGAAGAUCAGUUAAAAAUGUUAAAAGAGUACAUUGAAAAGCUGAAAAGUAUCGUAGGAGAAGACAAGACGAGCUACAUAAUAAACAAUAGUGUGUUCUUAAUGGUAGCUAGCAGCAAUGAUCUUGCCAUUACUUAUUUUACUGCUGGACUAAGAAGAUUUCAGUAUGAUGUUCCUUCCUAUGCCGAUUUUUUGGUUUCCAAAUGCUCUAAUAUCAUAAAGGAAUUAUAUGACCUAGGAGCGCGAAGAGUGGCAGUUUUCGGUGCCCCUCCCAUAGGAUGUUUGCCGGUCCAGAGAACUCUAGCCGGAGGACUGUCUAGAAAAUGUGUAGAUGAAGACAAUGACGCAGCGAAGCUUUACAACACAAAACUUUCAUCAGAACUUGAUUUUCUCUCCAAAACUCUUUCUCAAUCCAAUGUGGCCUACAUUGAUAUCUACAAUCCUCUGUUUGACAUCAUCCAGAACCCACAAACUUAUGGAUUUCAUACUGUGGAUAAAGGUUGCUGCGGUACAGGAGACGUAGAGACAGUAUUUUUAUGCAAUAAAUAUAGCAAAACAUGCCCAGAACAUGCAAAGUUUCUGUUCUGGGAUAGUAUUCAUCCCACGGAAGCAGGGUAUAAAAUCCUCGUCGAUCGUGUUGUACGAGAAAACAUUCAUAAGAUACUAGGUGGUGGGUAA